CCUAAGUGGGCGCACAAGAUGAGAACAGUAGUAGCAUGGACAGACAAAGUGCCGGAGCGGGACGGGAUCAGGAGUGUCUGUUAUGAUAUCACUUUUCGACCAGAUGGAUCACAACUCAUUGCUGCGGUUGGCAGCCGCGUUCUCAUGUACGAUGCAGCAGAUGGAGACCUUCUUCAUUCCCUUAAGGGUCACAAAGAUACUGUCUACUGUGUGGCGUAUUCAAGGGACGGGAAGCGAUUUGCUUCCGGCGGAGCCGACAAAACCGUCAUUAUCUGGACGCAUAAGGUAAAAAUAAAAUCUGAAAUGUACCUGGAGGACUCUGCGUACAAAAUCUGAGACGUAUUCUGAUUCCUGAAAUGAAAUAUUAAACCGCCA